GUGGAAGGAGAGGAUGGACCGAGCGCCAAGCUCCAGCCCCACGGGUCAGACAUCUCAGCCUGGCCAACACGAACCCAUCAGCUUCGGCAUCGAUCAGAUCCUCAGUGGUGGAGAGCCAGAGAGCCAACAGAACUCGACACAGAACAGUCCGGACAGUGCGCACGGUCACCGAGCGGCCAGUCCGGGUCCGUACCCGGCUCUCUCUGGAGCUUUUCACGGUCUGGCCGCUCCGUAUGAUGAAUCCGGUGCGUACGGGCCGAACUUUGCUCUGGCGCCCGGCGGUGUGAUCAGAGUCCCGGCGCACAGACCGCUCACCGCCGCCGUGCCCCCCACUGUCCCCGCGCUCAGCGGCAUCGGCUUCCCCUGGAUGGAGAGCAGCCAGCGCUUCGCCAAGGACCGCUUUGCAGCGGCCCUGACACCCUUCACCGUGGUUGCACGGCGGAUCGGUCACCCGUACCAGAACCGGACACCGCCCAAGCGGAAGAAGCCGCGCACGUCGUUUUCACGCGCGCAGAUCUGCGAGCUGGAGAAGCGCUUCCACCGGCAGAAAUACCUGGCCAGCGCCGAGCGCGCGGCUCUCGCCAAGACCCUCAAGAUGACCGACGCGCAGGUCAAGACGUGGUUCCAGAACCGGAGGACCAAGUGGAGACGGCAGACGGCGGAGGAGCGCGAGGCUGAGCGACAGCAGGCCAACCGACUGAUGAUGCAGCUUCAGCACGACGCCUUCCACAAGUCUCUGAGCGACCCGCUGCCGGCCGACCCGCUGUGCAUGCACAACUCGUCCCUGUUCGCGCUGCACAACCUGCAGCCGUGGGCCAGCGACGAGGGCGCCAAGCUCACUGCGCUGGCGUGAGCCCCUUCAUCCUCAAUAAACACCCCAUCACCCCUAAUCACCCUAUCAACCCCUCCCAGCAUCUCACUCUCUCAUCACCACACAGCUGCAUCUCAAAGAACGACGGGACGUUUUCUGUACGGAGUGCAAACCAUACCUCCAGAGUGGAGGAUGAGCUCCAAAAUGAACGAACACACACACGCAGAGCUGCUACAUGGAGAGACUCAUCUUUCUAUCUCUCUGUUUUUUUCUGUCUCUCUCUCCCCCCUCCCUCCCUCCCUGCAUAAUCUCAUCAUGCUGAGGGAACGCCGCAGAGACACAUAACCGAGGAUAAAUUAUUCAGAACAUGACCUCCCACGGCCCUUACAAUGGGCAAUCUGAACAUAAAGCUAACAAGGAUACACACACACACACACACACACACACACACACACACACACACAGAGGCCUGAGAAAAAAAAUCAGGACUGCUUACAUUUUCGUAAGGGUCAAGGGCUAUUCUGCGGUUUCAUCUUCAGUUUCUAACAGCUGACGAAAGCACAUCUUGAUUUAACGUCGUCAAGUUAACGUUUGAGCAACCAAUCACAAUCCUGAAUUCAUAUGACAUCACCAAAACUAGCUAAAUUGAGAACUAGAUUUGACCUAAAUUUAAAAAAAAAAUCUCUCUCUUUUGUUUUUACCAGCUGGCCGACUCAGGAGCGCA